AUGGUAGCAGAUGAGGACUUCUUAUUCCAAAAUCUUCAGUAUUCUGCGAUAUGUCUUGCAAAGAUGAAAAAUGUGCCGAUAAAAAAAGUAUUGGAGAUUUUGCUUAAUGACAUGGACGGAAGUGAAAGGCCGUUGGAUUACAAUGCUCGAACAAAAUUGCUUGCAGCUGGAAUUUAUUUAUUAUAUGCCGAAGGACGACACCUGAAUGAUUUACUUCCAAUUCUUCUGGAAGUUUAUCGAAGUUUGCCACGGUUAAAAUGGAUUGAUGAUGAUGUUCCGAAUCGACAAGACAAAGUACCAAUACAGGAGAAGUUUGCCGUGUGUUUUAAUACUGUUCUUAGUGAGCUUGCUUCGAAUUAUCCGAGUGUACGUGAUAUUAUUAUCUCUGCACAAAUCGAAUUGCUUAUGGUCAUUUCUGAUGUAAUUGUUGAUAUUUGUGAUCAGAUGCAUCCACAAUUCCAAACAAAAUGCUACUUGAUGCGAGUUGUUUGUUUAAUGAUUGGAUUACUUCGGACAUUUGGACGAUAUAGCAGUGAUAAGGAUCAUCCACUGAUUUCGGUUAUUUAUCCCGUACCAUUCAUGAUCACCCAAAUAACUGCUCACAAUAAUCAGAUAGUUGGAAGUAAUAGAGUGGGGACUCUUCGGUUAACAACCGAUUCCGAAAAUUUCCUAUGGAAUGAUGCUGCCAAUACAGAAAAACAGGACCAGAAAGAACGUUUGCAGAAGAUGUUCUCCAAACAUGCUAGCAGCUUCGUGUUGCCUGUUUUCAGCGGCAGUCUUCCAAAAUUCAAAUUCGCAAUUGCCGAAUUGAAUUCGUUCUCCAAUAUUAUGGAACGACUGUUAAGAAAGCCACUGUUUGAUAUCAUGGACGGAUAUGCUACUGAUGUAUAUAUGGCUGGACAGAUCAAACGUUUCCCAUAUAAAACAGUGUCGGAAUGUCUUUCAUUGGUUUUUGUUACGGCCAUUAGAGAUGCUUAUGCGCCGUAUGAUAUGCUAAAACUCGAAAAAUCAUUGGCUCAAAAAUCUGCGCGGAAGGUGAAGACAUUGGCUACAGAAUUAUAUUCGAAGGGAGAAAAUUUUCUGAAUGCACAGAAAUUAAACGAGGAUGAACGAACAUUACAUUGUCCACUGUUGAUUAAUCGAGUUAAAAUGAACGUUCUUUGCAGCUCAGUUUGUCUUGAACUUAUGGUUUGGGGUACAUGCGAUGAAAUUGAUGCGGAAUCACUUCAUGCUACAAUAGCUGAUCGUCUUUGGCAUGUUCACGGACAUCGUCACGCAUCAUCCAAAAUAUCUCUAAUAAUAAUGGCUCUGGAAGCACUUGGCUCACUUGCUGUUAAAUUCCCAACAAUUGCUGCAACACUGGCGAUUAACAGUCUUAGCCAGUUCUUGGUUGAACCUUCACCUGUUUUCUCGAAAUUGGCUGUAGACCUCGGUGUUAUAGAAAAGCGUGUUUUCAGUGAGGGAGAUCGGAAAGAUGGAGAAAUGAUGAAAAAGAAGCUAACUUUCGAAAGUAUAAGGAAAGUGGCAAUAAACUCUCUUUGCAGGGCACUAAGAUCUGCCAUGAUAGUCGAUAAUUCAUCUGUACAAGCCUGCCUAACAAAUAUCUCCUCCAAACUGUUCCUUAUUGCGAACAAAGGCUCAAAUUAUGGCUCGGCUCUCGCUUUGGAAAAUGCGAUACGCAUUGUUGGCGGUAUUGGUGCUGCUUUGGUUGAUGUGGAAAAUGUUCCGCAACUUGCUUUUAGUGUUUUUCAACAAGCUUUUACGGAAACAUCUACGAAUCAUGAUGUCAUUGUAGCAGAAUUGGCUAAUAUGUGGAUAGCUGGCGCGCGUGACAUACAUGAUCUGAUUUGGUUACUUUUCACGAAAAUAACGAUUGAGUCAAGUAGUCGAGCUUAUGAUGCUGAUACUACUGAUGGUGUGGAACAUCGUUAUGCAUAUCUGUCCUUGGCAGUUGACAAUGCGAUGGCUAAGAUGGCAGAGAAUGUGAAUGAUAAUGAAGACAAAAUGACACUACUGUAUCGUUUUUUGGAACUUUUUGUGCAGCUGGGACAUGAAGGAAGGAAAGCCGGUGAAAAAUUGGCAAGGAUCAUGAAGCUUUCAACUGGUGCUGGGAACUUAGGUGUUUUGAUUCCGAAGAUUGCUUCUCUACUACGCAGGUCUGCGACAAUAAAGAACCCAUCAGUUCGGCUGCGAAAUUUGUUCCGCGACUUUUGGUUCUGCUGUACAGUACUCGGAUUUAAUGUCGCCCAGAUAGAUUUUCAGGCAGAAUUGCAGGAAAUCAGGGUAACUAUUUUGUCAGAAAUUUCUCCUUCUCCCGAGGUAACAGCGGUUGUCAAUAAAUUGGAAUUUAACCAUUGUAUUUACCUUUUAUCUGUAUUCCGCAUGGAGCUCAUGCGUGCGCUAAAUUCUACAGAACCGGGAGCAGUCCAUUCAAUAUUUCAGUAUCUCGAAGACAAAUCUAUAAGAAAAGACAAGGAUGGGAUCUGGACAUGUCUUCUUGCGGCAGCGAAAACCAUCUUCAGUAAAUAUUUGAAAGUCGCUAGUGAACGGAAUUUAGAUUCGGCUCACGAAAGCCAGCUUGAAUUACAUGCUCAAUUUCUGCUUAUCAUGUUCAAUCAUCAUCUGAAGGAGGUGAGGAAAUGCGCGGAUACUUGCCUUACCAAUUUAAUUGGCAACUUUCCGCAUUUGCUUUGGAAUGGCAAUGUAAUUAAUGUUGCACUACAACUUCUGGAAGCACUUUCAAACAAUCUCGAAAAUGACGCCGAUUGCAAAAUAAUGACUUUGUCUUUUCCAUCUCUGCAGCGAACUAUACAGCUUCAGGAUACUCUGGAAAGAAGAAAAUUAGUGGUACAAGACUUCUCUUUGCGCUGUGAACAAAUUCUUCAGGAGGCAAUCAAAUGGGCACCAGGUAGUACUCGAAGCUAUUUCGUUAAAUAUAUUACGAGCAUUAAUCCUGGCUGUUCUGGCAAUUUUCGUUUGACAGUAGAAGCUAUAAUGAAAAGUCUAAACGAUGCAUCUGGCUGUACAAAUGAUACCAGCUCAUCACUUUACCUUUCUGCUCUACAUUUAAGAUCUUUGUAUCUUGGCAAGGUGAAAGGCAUGAUAGAAACGUCCAAAACUGAAGAGGAAAUCAAACCUCAAGAACAGCUUGCUGAUUUAUUUGAGCAACAACUGGAAAGAGCUUGUGCAAAUGGAUGUGACAAAGAGAUAUCCGAGUCCAUAUUGAGAUUAGCAGCUCUUUUCAUUUUAAUGAAAGAAGUGUCUAAUCAAAAACUGGAUAGCCGCUUGUUACAUAUCCUUGUUUUUGUGCCACUCAAGAGCUUUACUGCUCCAACAAUGCGUCUCUGCAUAAUUGUAUGGAACUGGAUUCUUGUUGCUCGAGAAAAUAUCCAACUUCAAUUCCUUCGAGAAAUGGCGGCAUGUUGGACAAUUGCCGCACAAGAUCAUCUAGGUGUCUUCCAACGUGACCCCGAAGUUGUUUCUCCUUUGAGCUUACAUUACUGCUCAGGCCCGAAGAGACCGGAUAUUGUUCCGCACAGUAUAUGGAUUUACUUUUUGGUAGAAAGAGUGGAUAUUGCCAAAUAUUCAAGCAGAGAACAGUUAGACAUUUUGGAACUGAUGUUUGUUCAAACACUUCCACUGAACGUGGGUCGCCUAAAAGUAGAUGUUAAUUCACCAUUAUGUAUUUCUUCCGAUUCGAGUCUUUAUAAAGUCGAUUUAGCGCAUGUUACAAUGACGAGAAAUGUAGAGGCGAUUGGACUACGAUGUCAUUUUCUUAACUGCGUUCUUUCCAUGAUACAGCAUGAUUCGAUAUCAUUUCACAUAUCUAAAAAUAUUUUGCGACAACGUGUAUAUUGUGCAGUGUUGGAUUACUUUGCUGUUGCUGCUCAAACUCCGACACAGAAUGCAGCACAGUUGAAAAAUGAUAUACGUUUGCUGAUUACAUUUUGGAAUACCCUUUUCUCAGAUGUGAAAUAUAUCAAGAAAGAAAUAUUUGCCAGCAUUGACGCCGAACUCAACUUGGAAUCUCUUCAGCAAAUUUUUAAUGAUAACUACAAAUCCGACUCGAAAUACAAUCGCGCUGAUAUGCAAACUCGUCAUGCAAUGACAACCAGCGCUUGUAAUUGGGUAACACUUGUUGCUGCACAAGGUAGAGCUGGUUUACUGCAGAAGAAUACACUCAAUAUCGAUCCCAAUCGAUCCAAUCCAAACAAACAUGCAGAACAGCAGAUGAAACUGUACAAUCGCUAUCGAAAUUUAAUCUUGAUAUUUGUCGCGAAUGAAAUUGAACGCUUAAGUGCAUGGUUAAAUCCGUUGGGUGAAGCUCUGGGUUUGGAGGAUGCAAGCAUUGAACAGUGGCGAAAAUCAACAUUCCCUGAUGCGAGAACAGAGGCUAAACUUCUCCGGGAAAAUGUCAGAAUUGCUUGGCAAAUUUGCCCCGAUUUGGCGGUGCAUAUGCCAUCAAGAUUUCGUUCUUGCUGUGCUUGUCAGAUGGCUGUCCAAGAGCUGCUUGUGAACUCGCCGGAAUUAGUGACCGAUGUGCCCGAAGCUCUUACUUUGAUGCUGGGAGAAGGAAAGAUUCUUGAAGAAAAAGUGGAGGACUUGAAAACGUUAAGUCACAUUUUAACAUGGGCAGUAUGUGAUCCAGUGAUGGCUUUAUCAUUGCUCGGUCCGCGUCAAUACCCAACGCAUCCCAUUACAGUGCAGUAUGCUGUACGUGUAUUGAGGUCAUACCCACCAGAUGUGCUUUUGCUGUAUAUUCCGCAACUUGUUCAAGCUUUACGGCAUGAUACGAUGGGUUAUGUUGCUGAGCUAAUUAUGUGGUUGGCUGGUCAUUCACAACUUUUGGCUCAUCAGUUGCUGUGGAACAUGCAGGCAAAUAUGUAUAGGGACGAAGAUUCAAAGGAAAAGGAUCCCGAUUUGCAUGGACCUUUAAGCGAAUUGAUCAACAAGAUAAUAUCAAACAUGGAAGGUGCUGCACGAAAAUUUUACAAUAACGAAUUUGACUUAUUCAAGCAAAUCACUGAUGUAUCAGGAAAAAUUAGGCCAUUUCCAAAGGGCGAAGCUAGAAAAAAGGCUUGUCUAGCUGCCCUCGCUGAGAUACAUCUAAAAACGGUGGCUUAUCUGCCAUCUAAUCCGGAAGCAAUAAUUUUGGAUAUAGACUACAAAAGCGGGACUCCAAUGCAAAGUGCCGCUAAGGCGCCGUUUUUGGUGCGAUUCAAGGUCCUUCGUUGUGGUAUUCAGAAAUUGGAACGAUUAGGAAUCGCUGCACAUCAACGUGAACACAUUCCGGAAGCAGAUGUUCAAUUUCUUUCAAGAACAGAACAUAGUCUUGUUUGCUGGCAAGCAGCCAUUUUUAAAGUUGGUGACGAUGUACGUCAAGAUAUGUUGGCGUUGCAACUGAUGAGACUGAUGCGUAACAUUUUUAAUUCUGUGGACUUGGACAUUCGUUUAUUUCCGUAUAGAGUGGUAGCUACUGGGCCUGGCUGUGGGGUUAUUGAAUGUGUUCCAAAUUCGAAAUCGAGAGAUCAGUUGGGACGACAGACUGAUUUUGGACUGUAUGAAUACUUUCUGACGACAUAUGGUGACGAAAACACUGAAACAUUGCAACUUGCAAAACGAAAUUUCAUUCGGAGCAUGGCAGCAUAUAGUGUAUUUAGUUUCUUGCUACAAAUCAAAGACCGACAUAAUGGGAAUAUUAUGAUUGAUAGUGAUGGCCAUAUUGUUCAUAUUGAUUUUGGCUUUAUGUUUGAGAGCAGUCCGGGAGGAAAUCUUGGGUUUGAGCCAGACUUUAAACUCUCGCAAGAAAUGGUAGCAAUUAUGGGUGGCAAAAUGGAAGCACCAAGCUUUCGAUUAUUCGCUUCACUUUGUGUCCAGGCAUAUCUGGCUGUUCGGCCGUACUAUAAAGCAUUUAUUGCUUUAGUAUCACUGAUGCUGGACACACACCUUCCUUGCUUUCGUGGUAAAACAAUACAGCAGUUCCGAGAUCGCUUUGCACCACAGCUAUCCGAUCGUGAUGCAGCAAAGUAUAUGAUGAGUAUAAUACGAAAUUGUUUCCUGAAUGUACGAAGCAAAAUCGCGAGAGACUGCAAUUUUACAUCGGCUCCAUAUUAAUGUUAUUCGUUUGCUCUACCUCUUCGGUAUCAUGAGGACGAGGUUGUUUUGAUGGUAUAGCUGUUGAGCACUGCUCCAAUUAAUAGAAAUUAUUGAUUGCUCACGAAUGGAAGACUGAAAGAUCCGGAAGGAUCCCAUUUACAAUAAGUAUGAAAAAAGUAGAGACGGAUUGACAAGAUGGAUUUCGAGUAAUCGAAGAAAUAAGCGAUGAACUCUAGCCAAGUGGUGCUUACUGAAUAUUAUUGAUGUCUGGUCGAAAGAAUCAGAAACGCAGCUUUUGAUUUUAGGAUAAAUUGAAAUCAAUAAAAUGAGUAAAUCAUCUUUGCAGACAAAUUCGAUUUUCAGCACGUCCACCGUCUUCAAUUUCGAACUGUUGGAGUUUUUACUCUUCAAUAUAAAAUAUCAUAACGUAUUAUAUAUACAUGACUGAUUCUUCUUUUGAAUGCAUUAUUCACUAGUACAGUUGUAUGUUUCAUUAUUUCUUCCAGUAACCAACCGGAGCAGCUUUCUCCGGUUUGUGACCGACCGCACUAAUUUUACUCAGUCUUCAUCAAUGUCAUGUUAUUUGAUUUCAUAUUCC